ACCAAAAUGAAACAUGAGCUUCUUCCAAAUGAAACACGAGCUUCUUCUUCUCUCCGUAGCACGAGCUACUUCUUCUCUCCGUGGCUGCUACUUCUGCUUCUUCCACCGCUGCUGUUGUUGCCGUUGCGUCGCACAAUCUCUCUCUGUCAUCCCUUGCGUUGCACGAGAUCCCUCUGCCACCGCUCUCAUCGCAUCUACUCCCAUUGUUGCAGAGCUCUCUCUGCCGCCGCUCUCGUCGCAUCUGCUCCCUCUGGCUCCUCUUCCAUCUAAUCUCAACUCGCUCUCUCAGUUCUUCUCGUAACCAUCUCAAAUUUCAGAUUUACUCUGAUUUUGAUGAAUUAUUUUCUGCAAUCGAAGCUUUUUUGACCUAAAAUUCAUGUUUUCUCUGAAGAAAGGUAUAAGAGAUGGUGAUGAUGGUACUAAAGAAGUGACUAUUUUAACGUUGGUAGAGAAGUCCACGCUGUCCACGCUUCAAAGGGCUUCAUUGGUAGAGAAGUCCAGGCAGAAGCCACCGGAGAGGAUGAGGGUUUUAUCUGAUGCACUAAAAACCAGUAACUAUGGUUCUGAACCUAUGCUUCAAAAUUGUGAAAUCUCUAUAAGCAUCGGCUUUACUCAAGUGGAUGGUCGUGUUCUACCUUCACCAAAGGUUUUCUUAAUUAUGACUUGGAAGGUCCCUGAAGAAUAUAUUACUAAAUUUGAUGGAUCUUCUAUUUUGAAGUGGCAGAGAUGUAGUUCCAAUGCGAACUUCUAGAACAGCGAGUGGGAGAGGGGGGGCACGGUUUGGUUCGAGUUGGUUAGAGUGAUGGAUGAAAGAAAGAGAAAAUAGAGAUGACGAUGAGGAGAAGAUGAGUGACAAGAUUCUGGAAGUAGACACAUGAAAACCGCCACUAAGGUCAUUGAAAGGAAAAGAAGAAGUGUGUUCAAGAACUGCCGAUAACAUCCCGCAAAUAUUAUUGUCUUCAUCAUCAUCUAGGAGGCAUGGUGCUCCUUCCAUGGCAAUGCAGGGCACCCCAACUACAUGUCCAACACGCACUCUUCUAGAGCUAAGGUUAGAUCGCAGAGUGCACCAAGAUAGAGACUUGAUUAUGAUAGAGAUACGGAUACGCUUGUUCUAAUAAUACUCUUCUUCAUUAUCAUUCACAUUUAAGGAGUAAGGUGUCAAGUAGACGUUCCAAUAGAAUUGGGGUUACCAAUUUAAGGUGACAUUGCUUGCAUGCAUGUCUUUGAAUAUAUCUUUAUGCACACUAAAUAAUAAUAUUCAUUAUCAAUGCUUUUGUAAUUUUUCAUCAAGCUAUAUAUAGUAACAGACUAAACUGUCUUGUCUACAACUAUUCAUCUUAGCAAAAAGAUACGUUGCUAGCUACUCUCAAUUUCCAUGUAUAAAUUCUUGUCUAUAUCAUCACUGCUUGACCUGA